AUGUUCAAGAAGGAUUUCAAAUCACUAAAAAAUCAAGUGCCACUCCGUGCAUCCGACCUGAAGCGUCUGAGGCAGGCGCUGAUGGAUCGAUUUCAACUCUCGAGUGAAGAUGGAGAACUCUUGGUCCCAUCUGGUCUUCUCGCUGCAAAGUUUACCACUAACGCCGACGUUGCUGGCAUGGGCUACUUUGACUCCAAGGGACUACCCCUAUGGUUUCAUAUUGGAAGCUCAUCGACAGAUCACUCUUCGUUUACACCGACUGUUUAUACACUCUGGAAGCGGGUGUUUCUGCCUAUUGUUACAACACCACAACUCGUUGUCGACAAAAUGAAGCAAGGCGCUGAUCUGAUGGCACCCGGCGUCGUCUCUAUUCAAGCUUCACACAAUGCUUCUCUCCCUCUAUCUACCGGCCAGUUAGUCUGCGUCGCUCCAUAUAGUGGAGGAUUACAAGGCGUACCGAUGGCGGUUGGUACCAUGAACAUGUCUUCAACCGAAAUCUCCACCGCAGACAAGGGAAAAGCGGUCCUCACCUUGCACGCAUAUGGAGACUCUCUAUGGGAGAAGGGUGGGAAAGCGGAUCCCCCCAAGGAGAUUGUCGUGGUUCAAGCCAUCCAAGUCGCGGCGCAGAGCGAAAGUGUCCAGUCGACUGCAGACCAGCAACAGCCCGCCAGCAUACAAAGCACGAUAGAAGAGAACAAAGAGGAUGUCAUUCAACCACAGGCUUCCACGUCGACCCAAGACACCGUUUCGCCUGCUGAGGUCGACAAGAUACUACGAGCAGCUACGUUGUUCGCUCUUCAUGCAAAGGCCGCAUCAAUCGAACUUCCAUGUUCUGCCUCGGCCUUUUACGCAGACUCCAUUCUCCCAUUUCGACCAGCCGGCCUGGACCCAUCGAUAUAUGUGAUUAAGAACUCGAGUUUUAAAAAGCUCAAACCGUUCUUAAAGGCGCUGGAAAAAGAGGGAGUUUUGAAGACGAAAGAGAUGGGUGGUGAACUGCACUUGAUGGCGAUUGACUCGACCCAUCCAGAUCUACAGGGUGCGGCAAAGUAUCGUACAAUUGCGGACGAAGAGCGGAAAGAAGCCAAGGCUCGAGCAAUGGAAGAGAUUCAGGCGGCGAGUCCAAAGGCGAUGACUGUCACCGAGCUUUACAAGCCAGUUGGGUCUGUUGCCACUUUUUGUAAAUCCAUCAGUCCAGACUGCGGGCCGCACUUUACUAUUGUCGAACUACGGGACGAGGUAUUGUCGAAGUAUAUUACUGAGCACAACCUCGUACAUCCGACUGAGCGGGCAUAUUUCAAAGUCGACGAGACGCUCAAACCAAUGUUGCUCAAGAAGAACGAGAGCCAGGAGUUUUUGAAGAGAGACGAAGGCUUGCAGCGUCUUGCGGCUGCGUGUCAAGCGUGGUACCAGAUUGAACAGGAGGGUCACCCUCCAGAGCUGAGCAAAGGAAAGCUGCAUCCAAUCGCUAUUACCAUCAAGAUGCGACAGGGUAAAAAGGCGGUCACUCUCAUUACCAACUUUGAACCUUUUCAUUUCAUCGCUGACUCGAUGGCCGAAGACUUACGGAAACUAUGCGCAGCGCAGACCUCUGUCUCUCCCUUGCAAGGAAAGGCGAAUCAACUCGAGGUGAUGGUCCAGGGAAAGCAGGGCAAGAUUGUGACCGAUUACCUGCUUCAGCGCGGCGUUCCAAAGAAAUGGAUCGAGUUUGAGGAUACGACGGAGAAGAAGAAGGGAAAAUAA